AUGCUAAGUCAAGUUGUGACUAAUCAGGUUGGGCAACAAAGAGGAGCUCGACAAGAAAAGGCCGACAUUUCGAGGAUUCGUGAGUUCUUGAGGAUGAACCCCCCAAUUUUCACUUGUUCAAGCACUAGUAAGGAUCCAGAAAGAUUUAUUGAGGAGAUGCAAAAGGUUGAGGAAGAGAAGCUAAGGGAUAGGGAAGAGUUGAAGAACAAGAGAGCUAAGACAGGGAAUAAGUCCGGGCAGCAGAAGAGUAAUGCCAACCGGUCAUCCUUCCAACAGAAAAAAAAGGGACAUGAUCCAUCAUCUGCUAGUGCACCUGCACCUAAGAACAAAAGCGAGUACACUAGUCAGAAUAUCAGAGCCAAAUCUACUUAUUCUCAGGGUAGUAUGGCGCAAGGGGGUAGUAAGCCUCCUGCGAUUCCCCACGAUUUUGGAAACCUCGCAUUUCUUGUUUCUCUUGACUUGGGAAACAACAAUUUUUGGGGAAAUUUGCCUCAAGAAAUGGCAUGCUUAGGUCGGCUAAAGUUUCUUAAGUUAAGUUUCAACAACUUCAGUGGGGAGUAUUCAACAUUUCAAAGAAUUGAAGUAAUUGGAUUUACGAACAAUUACUUAUCAUGGAAUCUUCCGAAUGGUUUAUGCAAUGGUGUCUCUGUACUCAAAGGACUUUAUCUAUCAAUGAACAAGCUUCAUGGUCAUAUGCCUACAAGCUUGUCGAAUUGUUCGCAACUUCAAACAUUGUCUUUAUCAACAAAUGAGUUUGAUGGACCAAUACAUAGUGAAAUUGGAAGAUUGAGUAACUUGCAGACAUUACUUCUUGGAUCUAACCAUUUCACAGGGCUAAUUCCUCAUGAAAUCGGAAAUCAUGUUAAUUUGGUGGAGUUAUCCAUGGAGUAUUUAUCACUGGCAAUUAACAAUCUCAACGGAUCCCUACCACGGGAUAUUGGCAACUUAACCAAGAUACAAGUUCCACAGCUUAGUACAAAUAAGCUUAGAGGUGAAAUACCGAAAGAGAUAGGAAAUCUCAUUGAGCUAGAGGAAUUUCAUGUCGAGGAAAAUAGUUUUAGUGGUUCAUUUCCAACGGAGACGUUCAACGUAUCAGGACUGAGAAUAAUGGAUCUUUCAUACAAUAAUAUAUCAGCAACUCUACCAUCGAUCAUAGAUUUCGUCUCACCCAACAUUGAAGAACUUUUUCUGAGCAGUUUAACCAAUCUUGUUGGGACUAUUCCUCAAUCUAUCUACAAUUGGAACCUUUCAACAUCUCUGAUAAAAUUUUCCGCCAGGAGUUGCAAAAUAAAAGGGCAACUUCCAAAUGAAGUUGGGAACUUAAGCAACUUAUUAUUCCUUGAUCUUUCUAGAAACAACUUGGUUGGAUCAAUUCCGACAUCAAUUGGAAACUUGAGAAAUCUUCAGCGGUUCAACUUGAGUAACAACAUACUUACAGGAUUUAUUGGAGAUAACAUUUGUAAAUUGCGGCAUUUAGCUGAGAUUUACUUAGGACAAAAUCAAUUUUCAGGAUCUAUUCCUAAUUGUUUAGGGAACGUCACAUCCCUUAGAGAGAUACAUUUUGGUUCCAAUAAAUUGAGUUCCAAUAUACCAACAAGUUUUGGGAAUCUUAAAGAUUUAGUGGUUCUUGACUUAUCGUCAAACAACAUGGUUGGUUCUUUACCUCCAGAAAUUGGAAAUCUAAAGGCUGUGACACGGAUGGAUCUGUCAAUGAAUCAAUUCUCAAAUAGAAUUCCUAGAGAAAUUGGAGGAUUGCAAAAUUUGGAGCACCUUUCUUUGCAGCACAACAAUUUACAAGGAUCUAUACUUGAAUCAAUGAGCAACAUAGUAGGUUUGGAAUUCCUAGACCUUUCUCAUAAUAAUAUAUCGGGAAUCAUUCCUAUGUCUCUCGAGAAACUUCACUAUCUCAAGUAUUUCAAUGUUUCUAACAACAAGUUGUAUGGUGAAAUUCCUUCGGGGGGUCCUUUCAAGAACCUCUCGAGUAAGUUUUUCAUCCACAAUGAAGCAUUUUGCGGUUCUUCAAGAUUUAGUGUCCCGCCAUGCCCCACUUCAUCAAAACACAGAUCAAAUAGAAAAAAAUCGCUACUUCUAUUUCUUUUGCUAGGAAUUGCACUUUUAUUUGUUCCUAUCACCUAUGUGUCUAUAUGGAUAAGGUAUAGAAGAGGUAAAAGAGCUCCUCAACAAGCUAAUUCAUUGUCCACCGUAGAACGAGAAAGAAUUUCUUAUUAUGAACUGCUCCGACCAACUGAUGCACUUAGCGAUAGUAAUCUGAUUGGUUUCGGAGGUUUUGGCUCUGUUUACAAAGGUGUUCUUAGAAGUGGGACUGUCAUUGCAGUUAAAGUGUUCAAUCUGCAAACGGAAGCGGCAUUCAAGAGUUUUGAUACAGAAUGUGAAGUUUUGCGUAGCCUUCGCCAUAAGAAUCUUGUGAAAGUCAUCACUAGUUGUUCCAACCUUGAUUUUAAGGCUUUAGUGCUCGAGUAUAUGCCUAAUGGAAGUCUUGAGAAGUGUUUGUAUUCGCACAACUACUUCCUAGACUUUAGGCAAAGAGUAAGCAUAAUGAUAGAUGUGGUAUGUGCGUUGGAAUAUCUCCACCAUGGAUGCUCGUUGCCCGUGAUUCACUGUGACCUAAAGCCUAGUAACGUCUUACUGGAUGAGGAUAUGGUUGCCCACCUAAGUGACUUUGGUAUUUCAAAACUACUUGGUGAAGAUGAGAGUGAUUUAUAUACUACAACCUUAGCAACAUUUGGCUAUAUUGCACCGGAGUAUGGAAUGGAUGGACUGUUGUCAAUAAAAUGUGGUGUCUAUAGUUAUGGGAUCAUGUUACUGGAAACGUUUACUAGGAGAAAGCCUAAUGGGUUUGAGGGAGAUCUUAGCUUGAAGCAAUGGGUGAUUUAUUCACUCCCCAAGGCAGUAAUGGAUGUUGUAGAUGCCAAUUUGGUAACACCAAUGGAUAAUCGCUUACAAAAGGAUCUAGAUGUUGUGGCAUCAAUCAUGAAAGUCGCAUUAGAUUGUUGUGCUGAAUCUCCGGCAAGAAGGACAAACAUGAAAGAUGUUGCAGGGAUACUACAGAAGAUCAAGAUUCAACUUCUUGCAGGUUGA